CUGAUCUGCAUCCUCUCUCAACUGGACUUGGGGCUACUACUUACUGUAUCUGAAAGACUGAAACUCACUGGGAAUAAAGAUUUCUUGUAACAAUGCCGGAACCCACCACGAAAGCUGASACUGAAGCUGAAAAUGCACCACCGCCUCCAGAACAAAAAGCACCACAAGACGAUGGAACUGAAAAGGGAAAAGUAUGGUCUGUCGGAGAAGCAGCUCCAGAAGAGACAGAAAAACGUGAUGACUCCCAGAGAUCCACUUUAUUCGUUGAGAAACCUCAGAGUGGUUCAGUGAGUGUAGGCGGGAAUAUUACAUUUAUAGCCAAAGUAGAAGCCAAAGAUCUUCUGCGAAAGCCAAAUGUUAAGUGGUUUAAAGGGAAAUGGAUGGACCUGGCCAGCAAAGCGGGGAAGCACUUGCAGCUGAAGGAGUCAUUUGAGCGCCACACAAAGAUUCACACAUUUGAGAUGCAUAUCAUUCAAGCUAAAGAGAACUAUGCAGGGAAUUACCGCUGUGAAGUAUCUUAUAAGGACAAGUUUGAUAGUUGCUCUUUUGACCUUGAAGUCACAGAAUCUUCUCAGGCUGCUCCAUCUAUUGACAUCAGAUCUGCUUUCAAAAGAAGCGGUGAUGGACAAGACGAUGCAGGAGAACUUGACUUUAGUGGUCUCCUGAAACGUAGGGAAGUUAAGCAGCAAGAGGAAGAACCUGAGGUAGAUGUGUGGGAACUACUGAAGAAUGCUAAUCCCAGUGAAUAUGAGAAGAUUGCUUUUCAGUAUGGUAUCACUGACCUGAGGGGCAUGUUAAAGCGUCUGAAGCGCAUGCGCAGGGAGGUGAAGAAGAGUGCAGCUUUUGCCAAAGGUCUUGAUCCUGCAUAUCAGGUAGACAAAGGAGGUAAAGUGCGGUUCAUGGUGGAACUGGCAGAUCCAACAGUAGAACUCAAGUGGUAUAAAAAUGGCCAAGAAAUACGACCAAGUGCAAAAUACAUUUUUGAGCACAAAGGUAACCAGAGAAUUUUAUUCAUCAAUAACUGUACAAUGACAGAUGAUGCUCGCUAUUACGUAACAGCUGGUGAUGAGAAAUGCUCCACAGAACUGUUUGUGAGAGAUCCUCCAAUUUUGGUGACCAAAGGCCUGGAGGAUACCAGUACCUAUGUUGGUGAACGAGUAGAACUGAGCUGUGAAGUGUCUGAAGAUGACGCAAAUGUGAAAUGGUUUAAGAAUGGUGUGGAACUCACCAAUGAACCUAAAUCUCGAUAUCGAAUCAAGGUUGAGGGUAAAAAACACACUCUGAUUAUAGAGGAAGCUGCAAAAAAUGACACUGCAACUUAUUCAGUCAUGACAACUGGAGGUCAAUCAGAGGCRAAGCUUGCUGUUGAUCUGAGACCACUGAAGAUAUCCCUUGCACUAGAAGACCAGACUGUGAGGCUCGGACAGGAAAUCCACCUUAAGUGUGAGAUAUCUGAGAAUGUGGAAGGGAAGUGGUACAAAAAUGGGCAACUGGUUGAAGCUAGUGACCGGGUAAAGCUCUAUCACAAAGGAAGAAUCCACAGAUUUAUUAUAGCAAGUUCUGCUGUUGAUGAUGAGGGUGAAUAUAUGUUUGUACCAGAUGCCUAUAAUAUUAAUAUUCCAUGCAAAGUACAUGUUGUAGAUCCUCCUAAACUACACCUAGAUGGUCUGGGGGAAAAUAAUACUGUGACAGUAGUGGCAGGAAGCAAACUACGACUUGAGAUCCCUAUCACUGGCGAGCCAACACCAAAAGUCAUGUGGAGUAAAGGGGACAAGGUACAUUGUUACUACAGUGGAAGAAUACGGGCAGAAACAUAUCCAGAUAGCAGCUGUCUGGUUAUUGAUACAGCAGAAAGGGAAGAUUCAGGUCCUUUCAGAAUAACAUUGAAGAAUGAGGCUGGAGAGGACACAGCUCUAAUCAACAUCAAAGUGGUUGAUGUCCCUGAUCCUCCUCAGGCACCAAAUGUUACUGAGGUGGGUGAAGACUGGUGUGUUAUGACCUGGGAACCUCCAGCAAAUGAUGGCGGAUCACCUAUCUUAGGAUAUUUCAUUGAAAGGAAAAAGAAACAAAGCUCUAGGUGGAUGAGGCUGAAUUUUGAGCUAUGUAAAGAAACGACUUUUGAGCCAAAGAAGAUGAUUGAAGGUGUUGCUUACGAGGUCCGCGUAUUUGCUGUUAAUGCAAUAGGAAUUUCCAAACCAAGUAUGCCUUCAAAGUCCUUUGUUCCUUUAGCUGUUACCAGUCCACCAACUCUCCUGGCAGUCGAUGGAGUGACUGAUACCUCCGUUACAAUGAAAUGGAGGCCCCCGGACCACAUCGGAGCAGCAGGUUUAGAUGGCUAUGUUAUAGAAUACUGCUUUGAAGGAACGGAUGAAUGGAUUGUGGCUAACCCAGAACUGACAGACAAAACGAAGUUUACUAUCAAUGGCCUGCCGACUGGCUCAAAAAUCCUCGUGAGAGUGAAAGCUGUGAAUGCUGCUGGUGAAAGUGAGCCGAGGUACCACCCACAGCCCAUUUUAGUCAAGGAAGUGAUAGAACCUCCAAAGAUCCGUCUACCAAGACACUUAAAACAAACCUACACUCGAAGAGUUGGAGAAACUGUGAAUCUCGUUAUUCCUUUCCAGGGAAAACCAAGGGCAAAAGUAUCAUGGAAGAAAAACGGUGCUCCAGUAGACAAGAACCAAAUCAACAUCCGCAACACUGAAAAUGACACUAUCAUCUUUAUCCGAAAGGCAGAAAGGAGCCAUUCUGGACAAUAUAACAUGAAAGUGAAAGUAGAGAACCUGGAGGACAAAGCUACGAUAGAUAUUCAAAUUGUGGACCGACCAGGCCCACCAGAGGUGGUCAUGAUUGAGGAUGUCUGGGGAGAAAACGUAAAUUUAUCAUGGAAGCCACCAAAAGAUGAUGGCAAUGCUGCCAUUACUGGAUACACUAUUCAAAAAGCAGACAAGAAGAGUAUGGAGUGGUUCACCGUCAUCGAGCACUACCACCGCACCAGCGCCACCAUCAACGAGCUCGUCAUAGGAAACGAGUACUACUUCCGUAUCUUCRCGGAGAACAUGUGCGGCCUCAGUGAGGAUGCCACGAUGACCAAAGAGAGCGCUCUGAUCGCAAAGGAUGGCAAAGUCUACAAAUACCCAGUUUACGAUGAUUUUGAUUUCAGCGAGCGACCCAUGUUUACGCAGCCCUUAGUGAACACGUUUGCCGUAGCCGGCUACAAUGCUACUUUGAAUUGCAGCGUCCGGGGCAAUCCCAAGCCCAAAAUAACCUGGAUGAAAAACAAAGUGAUUAUAAUGAAUGACCCAAGAUACCGAAUGUUCAGUAACCAAGGUGUCUGCACCUUGGAGAUCCGCAAGCCCAGUCCAUAUGAUGGAGGCACUUACACCUGCCGAGCAGUCAAUGAGCUUGGAGAGGCAGAAGUUGACUGCAAACUGGAAGUAAAAGGUGGGCUUUCGCUCUUCAGGCUGUUAAUGGAUGGAGUGCCUCCGCAUGUCAUUGAAUCCUAUAUGCGUGAAGUGCAGCCCGACAAAACCGAGGGGAAGUGAGAGUCCGUCCACAGGGCUUCCUGCCAA